GCGCUCGAGAUCAGCGACAAGAAGCACCGACCGGCGCACUGUAUUACGUCAUCCGCUUAGUAGAGCCUAUUCGUUAGUUGUGCAGGGUUGUGUGUAUAGUGUAUAUGUAAAAGCAGUAUAAAAAAAACUUUAAACUCUUCUGAUAGUGAAGCGCAAACCGAUCAUGUCGGUGAACUACGCGGCGGGUUUGUCUCCAUACCCAGACAAAGGAGUAUGCGGACUUCCAGAGGUGUUCGACAACCCAGAGCAAAUGCGGAACAAAGUCGCACUUCUAGCCCAGAUGGUACGGCAAGCACAAUAUAUGGUUGUACAUACUGGCGCUGGAAUUAGUACCUCUGCAGGGAUUCCUGACUUCAGGGGCCCCAAAGGUGUUUGGACGUUGGAGGAGCAGGGCGAGGCGCCUCAUUUUGACACCACCUUUGAGGAGGCUCGGCCCAGCACCACCCACAUGGCCCUCCUGGCGCUGCAGAGGGCCGGAUAUCUGAAGUACCUGAUCAGCCAGAACGUGGACGGCCUCCACGUCCGCUCCGGCUUCCCCAGAGACCUGCUGUCUGAGCUGCAUGGAAACAUGUUUGUGGAGGAGUGUACUAGAUGUGGCAAGCAGUACGUCAGAGAGACGGUGAUCGGCGUCAUGGGCCUGAAGCCCACAGGCCGCUCCUGCCAGGAGACGCGCUCUCGAGGGCUUCGCUCCUGCAGGGGUAAGCUAAUGAGCACCAUUUUGGACUGGGAGGACGCUUUGCCAGACCGAGACCUGAGCCGCGCUGACGAAGCCAGCAGGCGGGCUGACCUGGCGCUAACCCUGGGCACGUCGCUUCAGAUCAAACCCAGCGGUAACCUGCCUCUUUGCACCAAGCGCAAGGGGGGCAAACUGGUGAUCGUGAACCUGCAGCCCACGAAGCAUGACAAGCAUGCCGACCUGCGUAUCCAUGGUUACGUGGAUGAUGUCAUGACCCAGCUGAUGGACCUGCUGGGAUUAGACAUUCCUAGCUGGGCGGGGCCGACGCUGUGUGAGAGCUCCACAGCCGACUUCAAGCCCCCGCUGCCCAUCAGCCUAAAAGCGGAAACCAAGCGCGAGCCGAAGACGGAAGACAAGGCGGAGGUCAUUGGGCUGGGCGUGUCGAAGAAAGAGGAGACCGCCACCCUUACGAAGGCCGCUGAGCAGAACUCGGCUGCUAACCCUGCGCCAGCUGGCGGUUUAGCCAUAAAGGAAGAGAAGGCGCAAGGUGCUUUAGCUAAUGGGGCUCCACCACCAGCCAAGAGACUCAAGCCCGGCCCUGAGUGCGCCGAAGACGCGUCGGCCAGUGCGGUGUGACAGCCAACGCAGAGCUGGAGCAGACUCGCCCCACGUAGGCAGGUGCCAGGUCAGGCCAGGGCUCCACGAAGCCGGGGAGCGGCGGCCUGUGCGACAUCUAAUCAGCUCUGAGCCAAAGGUCUGCGAGGGCCGUCCUGCAGGGGGCGCUGACAACCCCUGAAUGUUUCCAUCGGCGUCUCUGAGGGGGAAGUGUCUCUAUACAUUCUCCCCCUGCUGCCAGUUCAUUUCAGCGCUGAGCGUCGCACAAGCAAUAUAUUCCUACCAGCACACAAAGUCCUCUUAGUAACACGGUACCAGACCUGUCCAUACAUCCACUUUCUUUGGUAUUUCUAAUAAACGCGUUUUUCUGUCUCAUUGUACUGUUGAGAUGUGCUGUUUUCAGGAUCCUAAAAAAUAUUCGUAUUUGUUUAUGCAUGAUGUGCAGUGUGGAUUUCUCUCUUCUCUGUCUAUAGCUCUUAUUGCCUGUAGAGAAUGUGGGAUGAGGUGUACUGUAGCAGUGACGUGAAUGGGGAACACUGCUCCUGGACGUGCCUGAUUUUUGUCAUUUUCCAUUUUCACACUACGUGCGUUUUCAUACUUUUUCAGCUUUCAGGGAUCUGUAGAAAUUCAGUCUAUUUUUUUUUUUUUAUUCUGUAUUUGUAUUUUUUUAAGAAUAAAAUGUUCAUUUUGUAGCAGGGCUUUUUUUUUCUUGUGUGUGCAUAUGUGAGGAUGGAGAGUAACCAUGGUGGUGAUGAGCAACCGUCUUCCUGCACACUGAUUGGGUGGUGAUGAGGAAGCGUCUUCCUGUGAACCGGUCGAGUGGUGAUGAGCGACCGUCUUCCUGCACACUGAUUGGGUGGUGAUGAGGAAGCGUCUUCCUGUGAACCGGUCGAGUGGUGAUGAGCGACCGUCUUCCUGCACACUGAUUGGGUGGUGAUGAGGAAGCGUCUUCUUGUGAACCGGUCGAGUGGUGAUGAGCGACCGUCUUCCUGCACACUGAUUGGGUGGUGAUGAGGAAGCGUCUUCCUGUGAACCGGUCGAGUGGUGAUGAGCGACCGUCUUCCUGCACACUGAUUGGGUGGUGAUGAGGAAGCGUCUUCCUGCUAACAGGUUGGGUAGUGAUGGUGGAUUUCCAGCAGUAAUCUUACCUACCCGUUUGAGAAGAUGGACCAGCAAAGAGGUCAGACUGACUUUCCAACUCACCAUCUUGCUCUUGGCCAAAAUUUGGUUUUGUUUACAUGAGAUAUAUAUUCGUAGCUUUCUUCAAUCAGGAGAAACAAUGCAUACCAGUGAUCCUUAAUCUUCGUUUAAAAGACUUUGUAGAAGUACUUUAUUUGAUUGCGGGAAUGUGUACUAUGUAAAGAAAAUGGCACUAAAUGAACUUUUCUGGCUGCCUGACCACCAUCCAUUAACUUUCUGAAUUAUAACCAUUUCAACUUUAAGCUAAAUCGAAAUUCUACCAGGUUGGACCAUUGUCAGGGGUCAUUCAGGGAAGGUCAGACAAGGAUAUUAGAUUAAGGAAAUAAAAAUGACAAAUGAAAGGAUGCUUUACAGCUCCGUUUGCUUUAUAACUAUUACAGAAAUAUGUGUCAGCAGAAUUAAAGUACAUAUUUAGUUUUUUUCUGUUCUGAUAUU